AGCAGCAUCACCAGAUGAGCAAUAACAUCUGUGGAUACCAGCUUUCCCGUUCAAGUGAAAUUAACGCGUUGCUGUCGUUUUCUGGAAGAAAAUGUCGAUAACAACUUGCCAGAAGGUUACUCUUAUAUCAUGCUCUGUUCUCUGUGUUUCUCUCUUUCUGCCCAGGAUGCUUUUGCCCAGAGCGAAACAGGAGAUGGGGCAGCCUGAGGUUGGACCUGGGUUCUACCCUCCCGCCAUGCACAAGCUAUCAGUGCCAGAAGACCCAGAACAGUGGGACGUGGACCCUUCGUUUUCAAUGACACACAGUUUGGAGGCAAUGGCAAAGGUAAAAGGCAUCAGACGAGGCAAAAAGUACAACCUGAUGACUCAAGUGAUACCCUUAUAUGGCUUUGGGAUCCUUCUUUACAUCCUUUACAUUAUACAUAAGCUGACAUGUAGGGGGAAGGCUAAUAAACCAGGGAAGAACUCUGCAGUAACCGUGGGAACCAGGAAGAACACAAUAAUCACUGCUAAUGAGCUUGCCAGGCUGCAGGAGAGACUUCUCCAAACUGAAGAGAUGAUGGAGAGGAUUGUGUCCAGGAGGAACAAUAGUUCUGGGAGUGGUAGACGAAGGAGGAGUAAAACCACCACGUCAAAAAAGGAGGAGAAAUUACUCAGGCAGCUGAGACAGAUCACACAGCUUAUUCAAGAGAGCCAAUUGGAGGGAGCCUCCCCAGAGAUGGAGGCCGAGGAGGUCCCAUACGGUGCAGACUGGGAAGGUUACCCAGAGGAGACCUACCCAGAGUAUGAUGAACCCUGCCUCAGACGUGGGUUUAAGACGGUUAAACUAGAGGAACCCCCCACACAGCCCACCGCUGAGGCCCUAGCAGAGAGGAUGGAGCAAGAGGAGGAAGAGGUUAUGGCAAGGAAACUUUCCAUAGUGCGAGAGGAAGAGGAAGAGGAAGAAGAUGAGGAGGAGGAGGACACAGAAGCACAAGAUGAUGAGGAUGAAGAGGAAGAGGAAGAAGAGGAGGGACUAGAAGAAGCUAUGGGAGUAGAGGAAGACAUAGAUGAGGAAGAGGAGGAGGAGGAGGAGGCAGAGAAAAGGCAGUUGCUCCGUCCUCCAUCAUCCCAGCCGGGUCCUGAAAGAACGACAACAAGAAUUGGUUUGGAGGCGAAGAAAGAGCUGCAGUUGUGA